ACUCUCGUCGGCCACGAAUCUCGGAGUGACAUUUGUCCAUUCCCGGCUAACGACUGAGAAACCAGCCCUCAAGACGCAAAAAAAUUCUAUGCCUUCCGCUUUUUGAUCUACAGUCUCAUGUCAGAACAAGAGAUCAUUGCUGGUCUCCGCUGGAAUAACUAUCUAUCUGUGCCAGUCAUUACUCUGAUGUCUUAUGAGUUAGGUUUCGCCCUGUCAAGGAAGUUUAUUUUAUUUUAUCUUGUUUGCUACCCUAGGUUCGAUAUUUCUGUCUUUUCCUGGCACUGCUUUGCGGCUUCUGGGGAGGGCUGUUGUAUAUACCUGAAUCACCGUAAGUCUCAAGUUCGUCUUAGAACCAGGUCCCAAUAGUU